UUGGCCAAGAACGGCUGGCACCUUACAAGCCCUCUCGCGCCCUCCUCGGUCGUUCCGCCGCUGCCCGAGCCCUUAUCAUCCACUUCCGCCGCCCCCGGCCACCACCACCUAACCGCUGACCGAGUGCGAAAGGCGCUUCUCGUCAUUGAAGGCCUUGUUUGGCACGCGCGCUGCCACCCCGGGCUCCGGCAGCGCGGCAAUGACGCCCCGCCCCACAACCCAGCGGCGGCGGACGAGUGGCAGCAGGAAGUGUAGGCCUUGCUGCCUCCGGCAGCAGCGUUGCAUUGGGUUCAAGGAAUGGAUGUGGGAGUAGGAGAAGGGCAUGGUGGAGAAGUGUGGUGAUGAGGUGUGAUCACAAGUCGGCUGCUUGUUCUAGGGGCUUACAUACUAGCGAGGCUCUUGGAGAGCACAACCGGUGCCAUUGAGAGAGAGAGAGAGAGAGAGGAGGAGGAGGAGGAAGAGUGAAAACUCAUCUGAAGAAGGUUUGGCUUCAUGCAUUAAUCAUUCUAUUGUCAAUUGAUCACAGUACAACAACUACUUGGGCCAGUUGAUCAAAUUGAAAGCCUGAAGACUCAAUGAUUUGAUGAGAUGCAAUCAUUUGUUAUCAUCUCAUACUCCACUGAUUGAGCAUGUAGUCUGAAACAGUAGCAGAGAAUAAUCACAUUUUGAUCGUCCAAGGUUCUUACAAGGGUCACAGACUGCCAUUCAUCAUCUCAUGCUGCGUCAUAUAGAAUUUACUUGCGAUUGCAAGAGCAUUAGUCUGGUAAUGGAUGAGGAAUCCACAUUCUUCCUAUGGAACAGCAGUUGUCUUCAGAAUGAUUCACUGUCUUGCCUGGGGAAAACAGGGCAUAACUGGGGGAUUGAUGUAUCCAGAUGUGGUAACAUGGGCAUUGUUGCAGUAAGCCCUUGUGGUAUCUCCCCGAGAUGUCACUGUUCCAGCACAGUAGGCAUAUCUCACAUUGCUAAUCUGCACUGCAUUUUGCUUCAUGGAAUCAGAGAAAGAGAAUUAGCAGUCAGUUACAAAAGGUUCAUCACAUGCUCUGAAACCUUCUAAUGAACAUGUGGGAAAAGAUUUCCAUCAAAAUUGUGGGAAGAGACAGAAAACAAGGGCAGAACCGUGUAGCUAUCAUGAUGGUGAUGAUAUAUAUAAAAAAUAUCACAUCCGUGAUGAUGAUAAUUUUGGUUAUAAUAGUUGCAUACCUGAAUGGUAUAAUUGUUGGCUUUAGCACCAUAGUUUUGAUCAAUUAUGAUAGGAUUUUGUACAUUGUUGAAUUUGAUUUUCUCGAAUGACAUUGAUUUUGCAUAACCUGUGGCUCCCUGUGAACAAUUUUCAGUAAAUCAACAAUUAAAAGUUAAGUGUCAGUAAUUAUUCAGUAGGAAAGUACUAUCAGAAGAAGUAUUGUAGUCAAUAAGACUGGUUAGAAGCUGUGUGUGAUAGUAGGUGAUUAAAGUGGUGUUCAUUUGCAUUGCUCUGAGUAUACUUUUUUGAAAUACAUUCGUUCAACAGCUUCUAAAUUUAUAAAAGACUAACGGAUAACUAAGGUUAUCAGCAUUUCAUCAAUUUUUAGUCUCUUCAAAUAAGAUUUUCUGCAAAACAAAUAUAUAAUUGAGAUUGAUGUAUGCCAAUAAGGUUGUUAUAUGUAUAAUAUUAGCUCUUAUUAGAAAUUUUUCAUGAAGCCUAGUCAACUGCAUUUAAUAGAAAAUAAACACAUAAACAAAGUAACUCCAUCAACUAAGUUUUGAUUAUGUGUACAGUAUGCAAAGAACAAGAUGCAAAUUGUCAAAGUACAUAACUCUAGAUUAAGUUUGGAUAUGAAAACUUAUAAGAAGAAAGAAAUAAUUAGGAGAUGUGAAACAAGCUAGGAUUUAGGAUAUUGAAAUUUACCUGCCAAGUUUUGAUCCUAGCACCAUUGGUUGUGUUAAAAAAGUUCACAUAAGAUACUUGAAUCCUUUCGACUGAAACAUUUGAGCCUCCCCUGCCUAAGCUUCCUACACUGAAGAAAUUGUUCAUAGCUUUUAAAGUAAAAGUAAUAAUUACAAGGCAAAGGUCAGCUGAGCUGAGACCGGACAACCUAAUAUACAUAAUCAUGCAUGUCAAUGAAGUGAAUUGGAGACAGUGACAUAUACAAAAUCAUGAGUUCUGGUUUCAGCUUGGAUCACAUAAGUAGAUCACAUUCUAUUAGUAAAUUGUUAGUUAUGUCCAUAUUUUGGCCAGAAACAUAGAUAUGAAUGACAAUGAAACCAAUAUUUAGGAAUGAAAAAUUUACUUCCUUCGCUGUUCCUUCUUUUUCUCUUUUUUUUUUUUUGAGGGUAUUCUUGACUUCUAGAUUAUUAUUAUAAUUUCCAAUAAUCAGGACAAUAUUACUUCAUGGUAUUGUUGGAUGGUGUUUAUUGAACAUAUUCUUUACACAACGAUCACCUAGGUUUUAGGGCCAUCAACCGAUACAUUAAGUUUCCUACUUAUCAGGACACCUAUAAAGAGUUGACAGAAGCAUAUGUUAUUCCAUGAUAACACCUUUGGUAUGUCAUCGAUAUGAUGAGCUAUCUUUCCUCAAGAAAAACAUAUAUAUAUGUAUGUAUGUAUAUAUAUAUGUAUGUAUGUAUGUAUAUAUAUAUAUAUGUAUAUGUAUAUGUAUAUAUAUAUGUAUAUGUAUAUGUAUAUGUAUAUGUAUAUGUAUAUGUAUAUGUAUAUUUAUAUCAAUGAGCUCAUGGAAGGGCUAUGAAAUAAUACCAAUGUAAAAAUACAGAUAUGACUUCAUUUUAGGUGACUGAAUUGUCUAUAUAUAUGGGCCAUGGAGCAUACUCCAUCUGUUGGUUAGAUUCUUUUGCUGAAAUUGUUGCUUGUCUCAUAUAAGAUGUCCUCUUUCUUACUUGAAAUAUCUUUCUGAACUCUGUUUUCUCUCUCCUUUUGCAGAGAUAAGCUGAAAUCCAGAUUUCAGCUAGUGAUGCUUCCAAGCAGGAAACAUUCAAAAUCAUGUAAAAUCAACAUGUUUGGUUGUUAGCUUUUCACCUUAUUCCAUGUCCCGGACCACAUGUUAUUCGUGUUACAACUAUGUCACUAGUACGAUCCCCGAUUGAAAUGCAGUCAUCACCUGUUACACAAGGAAUAAUUUCCAUAUCAAGACAAUUUUACUUGAGAAGUAGAACAGUAAGUUGAGACACAAGAAGGGCAUCUGACCUGUUCCUAUGAUGGUGUCUUGGAUAUAAACAUGUCGGGAAGCAUGGAUGUGGAUGCCAUCAGUAUUGGGACUCGUCCCAGGAGCUGUGAUGUUAAGGGAAAAUACUCACAGUUGGCGCCAAAGAAGUGCAUCCCUGCAUCAAGGAUUCAAAGACGACAGAGAGUUCAGAAAACAAUGCAAGUUGUUGGCAUCAUACAGUUCAUCUUAAUCAAAACUGAACCUUUCUGGGAUCGAGUUUGCAAGAUUGCCUCCACCAGUUGGAUCCUCGGCCGUCAAACAGACCAAAGCCAGAACUGGUGAGUCUCAGCCCAUCGACGGACUUGAACUGAAUCCAGAGGGAGGCGUCGGUGAAGUUCCACGUGCUCGGGCUGUCAGGUGCCACAAGUGUUCCUUCAACCUGUGCUAGUGAACAUUAUUCAAACAACCGAGAAGUUCAGAUGUUGUGUCUACAGUGAAGAGGUCUAGACUUUGAAUUUGCCUAUUAAUGUCUAGUGUGUGUAUGAUCGUAAUGUAAUAUGUCAACCAAUAAUCUUCAAACAAUAAUUAAGUUUAUUGUCACUCUGUGAACUUUGA